AUCCCACUCUGAUGUAAUUAGGUGGUUAAAAAGAUACAAGGCACGUCAUAUCCCAGGUUAAAAGGGCUGGAAAACUCCGCGCUCCGCGCCCCGCGCCACAGGAGCAGGGCCGUGAACCGGCGCCUCCGAGGACCCUGAGACUCUCAAACGCGCCCAGGCUCUGCGCUAGAAGCGAGCCCGGCCACCGCAGCUAAUUCGGGGAGGGAGCCAACCGCCCAGAAGACUUUUCAUUGGCCCAGAGUCACAGAGGCCGGCAGCUUCUCCCUCUUCCGGACGCUGAGUGGUUGAGGCCGUAAAACAACGCUUAUUGUCAUUGGCUGGACCCUGCUGUCAGUCCUCACGCGUCUCGCGGCGCGACACAGCCAGUCGCGGCCUGUAGAGCCGUCUCGAAGCCUGCUGCAGAGAGAAGAUGGCGGUCGCGGUAAGAACUUUGCAGGAGCAGCUAGAAAAGGCCAAAGAGAGCCUAAAGAACGUAGAUGAGAAUAUUCGCAAGCUCACCGGACGGGAUCCGAAUGACGUGAGGCCCAUCCAAGCCAGAUUGCUGGCCCUUUCUGGUCCUGGUGGAGGUAGAGGACGUGGUAGUUUAUUGCUGAGGCGUGGAUUCUCAGAUAGUGGAGGAGGACCCCCAGCCAAACAGAGAGACCUUGAAGGGGCAGUCAGUAGGCUGGGCGGGGAGCGUCGGACAAGGAGAGAAUCACGCCAAGAAAGCGACCCAGAGGAUGAUGAUGUUAAAAAGCCAGCUUUGCAGUCUUCAGUUGUAGCUACCUCCAAAGAGCGCACACGUAGAGACCUUAUCCAGGAUCAAAAUAUGGAUGAAAAGGGAAAGCAAAGGAACCGACGAAUAUUUGGCUUACUGAUGGGCACUCUUCAGAAAUUUAAACAAGAAUCCACUGUUGCUACUGAAAGGCAAAAGAGGCGCCAGGAAAUUGAACAAAAACUUGAAGUGCAGGCAGAAGAAGAAAGAAAGCAGGUUGAAAAUGAGAGGAGAGAACUGUUUGAAGAGAGGCGUGCUAAACAGACAGAACUGCGCCUUUUAGAACAGAAGGUUGAGCUUGCGCAGCUGCAAGAAGAAUGGAAUGAACAUAAUGCCAAGAUAAUUAAAUAUAUAAGAACUAAGACAAAGCCCCAUUUGUUCUAUAUUCCUGGAAGAAUGUGUCCAGCUACCCAAAAAUUAAUAGAAGAGUCACAGAGAAAAAUGAAUGCUUUAUUUGAAGGUAGACGCAUCGAAUUUGCAGAACAAAUAAAUAAAAUGGAGGCUAGGCCUAGAAGACAAUCAAUGAAGGAAAAAGAGCAUCAGGUGGUGCGUAAUGAAGAACAGAAGGCGGAACAAGAAGAGGGUAAGGUGGCUCAGCGAGAGGAAGAGUUGGAGGAGACAGGUAAUCAGCACAAUGAUGUAGAAAUAGAGGAAGCAGGAGAGGAAGAGGAAAAGGAAAUAGGUAUAGUUCAUAGUGAUGCAGAGAAAGAACAGGAGGAGGAGGAACAAAAACAGGAAAUGGAGGUCAAGAUGGAGGAGGAAACUGAGGUAAGGGAAAGUGAGAAGCAGCAGGAUAGUCAACCGGAAGAAGUUAUGGAUGUGCUAGAGAUGGUCGAGAGUGUCAAAAAUGUAAUUGCUGAGCAGGAGGUAAUGGAAACCAAUCAAGUGGAAAGUGUAGAACCUUCAGAAAAUGAAACUAGCAAAGAACUGGAGCCAGAGAUGGAAUUUGAAGUUGAGCCAGAUAAAGAAUGUAAAUCUCUUUCUCCCGUGAAAGAGAAUGCCAGUGCUCUAGAAAUGGAAAAUGAGCCUGAGGAAAAAGAAGAGAAAGAAUCUGAGCCCCAGCCUGAGCCUGUGGCUCACCUCCAGCCCCUGCCUCAGCCUCAGCCUGAGCCUCAGCUUCAGCCUGAGCCGCAGCCGCAGCCUGAGCCCCAGCUGCAGCUGCAGUCCCAGCCCCAACCCCAG